GCUAGUUAACGAUUAGUUUAAAACUAUAGCUUAGCAUCUAUUUCAUCCCAAAAAUAUAUUAUUUUAAGAAAAAAUAGGUUUUAUACGUUAGUAUUUUGAGUUUUUAGAAAUAAAUUUUGAAUUGACCGCGAAAAAGGACAAGACUGUCAUGGCGUCUUUAAUUAUGUCACAAUUCGAGAAACAGCUGUGUUUGUUUAUGACAGUCAAUCGUGUUUUUUAAUAAAUAAUAAACUCCUCGUAUUAUAAAUACUGUAUAGUGCCCUAAUGUGAAAAUACAACGAUAAAAACGCCAGACAAAUUAUUCAUACACGUUCCAAACAAUAAAGAAAUACGAAGAAAGUGGUUAAAACGGGCAAGGAGGUAAAAUGCUGUUACUUUAUCAACUAAUACCACAAAUUAUUUCUGUGAAGAUCAUUUUAAUAUAAUCUAUUACCUUUUGACGUAUUACUUCUAAUUAAUUAAUUAAAUGAAUCUCAUCAAGCCACGCCACUGCUUAUCGCAGACUGUCUACCAGGAAUAGUUCAAAGAAAUUAUGUACAUACGCUUUCCCACACUUUCGGUUAAUAGAUUCGAUGUUUUAAUUGGUAAUCAGUGGAAAUGAUGAGUCCAAGUGGACUGACGGUUUCUAAGAUGUUUUAUACGAGGAGUAAACAUUAAUUUAAAUAUACGUAAGAGAAAAGAGGAAAACCGUCUGAAAGCAAUCGAAAAUGAAAAAAUAGAAAGAGCGAUAAAAUUCAACCAAAUGCGCAAAGAACAAGAAGAAAUCCGUAAAGUUUUCGUAGAAAAAGCCAAUAAAAAAAUAUUCAUGAACAAAGGAAAUGCUAAACAGCUGACCAGCGCUUACAUCCUGAGCGAAGUUUUGUACGAAAGAGAAAAACAAAAAGAAUUCAAAGAUUUUCUGAUGAAGCACGAAGCCGAAGAAUACGCGAAGGAAGUGGAGGACGUUAGAAGAGUAGCUAAAGAAUUCGCAGAAGAAACAAAAGCUCAUAACGAAAACGAAAAACGCAAAAAAAUCGAAGCCAGUAAACAAAUAAGAAAAGAGUUAGACGAAAAAAUUAAAAAAGAAAACGAAGAAGCGGAAAAAAGGAGAAUGGAAGAUUAUAAAGAUUAUAACGAUGCUUUAGACGAAAUGAAUUGCCUUAAACGGAAAGAUUUCGAAACGAAACUGAAGAAGAAACAAGAAAUAGCCAGAGAUAUGGAGGAUAUGUUGGAAAAGGAGCGCCAGAAAAACAUAUUGUUAGCUACGGAAGAACAAGAAUUGGACGAUGUUAUUAAAGCUUACAGAAUCGCCAAAGAUAGAAUCGAUUGUAUGAGAAAAAUUGAAGAAAAACAAUUGCGGGAAGAAGCUAUUCGAUAUAGAGAAGAAAAAUCCGAAACGGCCAAAGCUGUAUCUACGGAAAAAGAAGAAGAAGAAAAGAGACAAAGGUCGUUAGAAGAAGCGGUAAAAGAAUAUGAAGAAAAGGAACUUGAAAAGGAAAGAAAAAAAACGGAGCUUCACGCACGAGAGGUGCGUGAUAAACUGGAGGGAAGAAGACGGUUUCUCGAAAAAGAAGAAGAGCGUUUGAAGAAAGAAGCGGAAUUGAAAAAAUGGGAGAUGCUGAACAGAUACAAAACCGCGGAAGCUGUUAAAAUAUUGGACAAUAACACUGCGAACGAACGUAAAAAUAAAAUGUUGAAAUACAGAGAUGAUUUACUAAAACAAAUCGCGGAAAAUGAAAAUCGGCAAAAGAAAGAAAAGGAAAUUGACAGGAUGAUAAUGGAAUCGUUAAAUCGAACUGACGAUGACAAAUUCUUUGCUUAUGCUGAUGAAAUUUUAAAUAAGCAAACGAAUACUAAAAGAUCUACUUAUCCUACAAUAAAAGCUAUUAUGGAUUAUAAAAAGAAUAAUCAUUUAUCUACGUAAACCAGAUGUCAAAUACAUUUCGACACCAUUGUGUACGAAUGAUAAUGUUAGCAAAAUAAUCAUUCGUCUCCGAAUUAUAAUUCGUAUAUUAUUAGAAAUAAAACAUUUUUCACAAAA